CCCCGGGGCGGGGAUGGGCAGCGGCGGCGGGCGCGGUGGUGGGGCUGGCCGCGCGAGGGUUGGCCCGCCCGAGCCUGCGUUAUUUCGAGCUCGCGCCGACGGCCUGGCUCGGUGGGGCUCAGUUGCCCCGCCGCGCUCCGACUGCUCGCUCGCGCCCUCGCGCCGCGCCCAGUGACGACGACGCUCUGCUACAGUGCUUCGCGCCCGCCAGCGACUUGCGAGACGAGGCCCGCGCCGCAGCCGACGAGCGGCGAUGUGCAGCGAGCGGCGCGCCGCUGCUUAGCGUGCCCGCAGCGCCCGACUUUCCGCUGGGAGGCGUCGAUGCGGCCGCGCUGAGGCGAUGGACCGAGUAGGCUGCUGCCUCGUGCUGGCGCUGCUGGCCGCCGGCUCGGCCGCCCGCCAGAUACGCCUCGAGGACGGCGCGACCGCGAACGACACGGUGGCCAGCGGCGAGAGGCUGACGAUCCUCUGCCCGGCGGAGGGUCGCGUGGCCUGGUACAAGGACGAGCGGCCGUUCCGGUCGUCGAGCGGCCGCGUGCGCGUGCUGCGCCAGCGCCUGCGCUUCAGGGCGGCCGGGCCCGAGGACGAGGGCCUCUACGGCUGCCUGGUGGACGGGGCGCGCUGGCGCCGCGUGGCGCUCCGCUUCGAGCCGCAGCUGGCCGACGCGGCGCCGCCCGCCGACUACGAGGAGGCCGCGGACGAGGCCGAGGGCGGCGACGCCGAGGGCCGGGGCCUGGGCCUCGGCCGCGUCGCCUCGGCGCUGCGGCCCGACGAGCAGACCAACGAGCUCGAGCCCGAGGCGAGAGACAGGCCGCCGGAGACGCGCUCGCUGCAGCUGGAGGCGGCGCCGGCGGAGACCGAGUCGCCGGCCCAGCAGGACGGCUGCUGCGCGCCCCGGCCGGCGCCCGGUGAGCUGAACCACACGCAGCCCGAGUCGGCGCCCGGCUUCAAGGAGCCGCUGCCGGCCAUCGAGCUCAAGCCCGCGGGCAACCUGGUGCGGCUGCGCUGCCCGGCCAGCGGCAACCCCGCGCCCAACAUCACCUGGCUCAAGGACGGCGAGGAGCCGCGCCGCCCGGCCGGCGCCGUGCACAUCAAGAACUGGCAGCUGCGCAUCGAGGAGGCGCUCACGAGCGACGGCGGCAACUACACCUGCGUCGUCUGCAACUACCUCGGCUGCGUGCGCCACACCUUCUCCGUGGAGAUCCAAGAGAGCGUGAAGGCGAGGCCGAUCCUGACCCAGCCGCCGAAGAACGCGACCGUGGCACUGGGCGCCAGCGCCAACUUCAGCUGCGUCGUGUUCUCCGACACGCACAGGCACAUCGAGUGGUACCGCGGCUUCCACAGCGCGCUCGACAGCCUCAACCGGACCAACCAGAGCGCGAUGAUCGAGCCCAAGGCUAGCGGCCCGGAGGCCAACCCCGAGCUGCUGGAGAUCCGCAACGCCACCGAGAAGGACGAGGGCUGGUACACGUGCGUGACGGCCAACGCCGUGGGCGUGACCUUCGCCAGCGCCUAUCUGCGCGUGGUCGACGGCCUCGAGGAACUGGGGGUCGCGGUCACGGCGCCGCCGCAGUCGCGCACGCUCACGGUCUCGGCCUCGGUGGCAUGCGGCGGCUUCGCCUGCUUCACGCUGCUCACGAUCUACGUCUACCGGCGGCGCUACCAGCGCGAGCGCCAGAAGAAGCUGCGCGCCAUCGAGACGGCGCGCGCCGCCGUGGUCACCCAGUGGACCAAGAAGGUCAUCGUGGAGAAGCAGAGCCUGGCAGAGGCGCCGAGCGCGCAGGAGGCGCUGCUGCUGCCCGUCGUGAAGAUCGAGAAGCAGAAGUCGGCGGGGCUGGAGCGCGCCGCCGACGGGCGCGAGGCCGGCGGCGCCGGCGGCAUCUCCGAGUACGAGCUGCCGCUGGACAGCGCCUGGGAGCUGCCGCGCGAGCAGCUGCGCCUGGGCGAGACUCUGGGCGAAGGCGCCUUCGGCAAGGUGGUGCGCGCGAGCUGCGCGACCGGCCGGCUGGCCGGCUGCGGCGUCGUGGCCGUCAAGAUGCUCAAGGAGGGCCACACCGACGCCGAGAUGAUGGACCUCGUCUCCGAGAUGGAGAUGAUGAAGAUCAUCGGCAAACACGUCAACAUCAUCAACCUGCUGGGCGCUUGCACGCAGAACGGGCCGCUCUACGUGGUUGUGGAGUUCGCGCCGCACGGCAACCUGCGUGACUUCCUGCGCGAGCACCGCGGCGCCGCAGGGGCCGGCUGCGAGACGGCCGACGGCCAGCUGGCCGCUGACGCCGGCCGCGGGCUGCUCGCGCGCAAGCAGCUCGUGUCGUUCGCCUACCAGGUGGCCCGGGGCAUGGAGUACCUGGCGAGCCGGCACUGCAUCCAUCGCGACCUCGCCGCCCGGAACGUGCUGGUCAGCGAUGAGUUCGUCGUCAAGAUCGCCGACUUCGGGCUGGCGCGCGACGUCCACUGCCACGACUACUACCGCAAGACCACCGACGGCCGGCUGCCCGUCAAGUGGAUGGCGCCCGAGGCGCUCUUCAGCCGCGUCUACACCUCGCAGUCGGACGUCUGGUCCUUCGGCAUCCUGCUCUGGGAGAUCAUGACGCUCGGCGGCACGCCCUACCCCUCGGUGCCCUCGGUCGAGAAGCUCUUCCAACUGCUCAACGCCGGCAUCCGGAUGGAGAAGCCGCCCGGAUGCCCCUUCCAAGUGUACAUGCUGAUGAGGAGCUGCUGGAGCUACCAGCCAGCCGAGCGACCGAGCUUCUCCAAAGUCGUCGACGAGCUAGACAAGAUUCUCACGCAGACCUCCAACGAGGAGUACCUGGACCUCGGCCUGCCGCAGCUCGACACGCCGCCCUCCAGUCAGGAGUCGUUCGACGCCGAGCACGCCGCGGCUGUCGACCAGUUCCUCUUCCAGCGGAACCUGCUCUAGCGCUGUCGGUCGCUGGCCGCUGGCCGCUGGCUCGUGCCGAUGCCGGCCCGCGUUUGCGGAUUGGCGCGCGAUCGACUGAUCGGACAGUGAGCACGCCGUGUCGAGAGGACAGGUCGCGCCGCAAGGCGGCAGCUCAAUGCCCAAGUUGUACAUUUUUCACGGUGCGCAGGAGCCAUUUGUCACGACGGCGUGCCAAUUAACACUACGGAAAGCAGCGCGUGGAAACAGCUCGUCGAACGCGCGGAUAAAUUGUGAGUUGAUGCUGCCGCUGUGCAACUAUCGUCAAGUAUUAUUUGUUUUAUGAUUCUCAGCAAAUUCCUCGCAAGUUUACUACUUAUUGCAAUUGUUGUCGAACUUUGCACUUCGAUCGACACUCUUCUAUCUACUCGCGGCAAUAAUCAUCGUGUUUUUAACUAGUCAAUUGAAGAACACUCCAACAUGGCAAUAUGACACAAACAUCCAAGUGCCUGCUCAUUAAACCGUAGAACUAGCUCGUAAACUCACUUCGUUUAAAAGUAUCAUAGCAAGCUAUAUUUUUUAUCGUGCAUUAUAUGCGUAUUCGCCUGCUAAUCAAGAGUACAAUUGCAAUUGUUGCGUCACAUACAAAUCUCAUCGUAUUCAAUAAUAGCGCUACACCAAUACAGCUAUAAAUAAAUAGAUAAAUUGAUAUUUAUUUAUUUAUAUUGACGAGGCGAGGAACGAUGCUGCCAGAUUUUUAAAGAUAUCUUUCGUCAACUGACGUUCAUUACUGGUGCCCCGGUCCGUACUAUAUUCCUUUUGCCGUCGACUAUUACUCCUAGCGAUCUUUACUUGUACAAUUGAAAGUCGUCGUCUAUUGGUCAAGUUCGCGCUGUUAAUUCAAAUUUUUUAUUGUAUCAAAGAAUUGUCAAUGAUGCCAAAAAUUUAGUAUGUAUACAAUGCGCGUUGUUUCAUACCAUUUCCCCAUUUCCCGUCAUAUUAAACUCGUGCUACUGCAAGUUUAUAUAAACAGUAUAUAUCUUACCAUUGUACAUAUAUGCAUAAAUCAAAUAUUAAUUAGGUCAUUAUUUAAGAUUAUGAAUAAGCAUUUACACUAUUGCGACAAUCAAAUUUGUAAAGUACAAUUAAUGUGUAUGCGACUCGAAUUAGCAGAUUUAAACAUCACAUUACACAAUAUAUAUGUAGUCAUCUUCGUUACGUUAUCAAUUUAUUGUAAUGUUGAUUGAAGAAUCUCAAAUUAUCAAUAAAAUUUAUAUAAACUCAUCUUAAUUUUCAUUUCAAUGUUGAAUGUAUGACGCUUAUCACGUGCAAUCUGCUGCGCGAGCGACUCGAGGCAAAUAUGCCGAGAAGUAUACCGAAAGUUCGCUAUCCUCAUAUUUUUAUUCAGAUUUUCAUAAUGACAAUUCACUGGGAUUUUGUAAGUAACUUACAAUUCUUAAACAACUACUUUUAGUGAAUAAUUAUCAUUGUGAACAUAUAAAUGACAAAAAAAUAAUCAUAUCGAAUACAUGACCCCUAGCUCCUUUUCUGAAGCGGCAAAAUUUACGUUAGCUGACGUUCCGAUUUCUUCAAAGCUCAUUUUCAUUCAUCAUUCUAUUUUUCAAUUUGGUUGAUGAUUACUUGCAGUAAUGCUGUAUAAAAAAUUAUUACUUAUUGUUAUAGAUUGAUUAAUAUUCGUUUGUUGCAAGCUGCAGCAAACUCAACUCUUUUGCGUAGCUUUUGUCUUUUAAUUUCUUCUGGAUUGUCUCCGAUCGUGUAUCAAGACUUUUCUGUAU